AUGGACAUAACAGUGUACAGAAACCAGUUAAUAAUCAGAAAGGACUCCCUUCUUUCACUGAGUGACCUUCUAGCCCAGCACAGCAUAAAAACAACAGACAUAAAUGACAAUUAUACCAUAGUAAAUAUAUCUGGGUCUCUUGCAUACAUAGAGUCAAUUCUGCAGAAAAUAAAAGAGAAAGUAGAAGAGACACAAGAAAGCAGUAAAAAUAACACACUUUAA